UUCAAGUCCACUACAACAUAAUUUUACGACGAUGGACACUCUCUUCACCUCCUUUUUGGAAGAGAUGAGAAAGAUAAAUUUAUUGGGAGUUUGUUAUUUUGUGUUAACACUUUUAACAAUUUAUUUUACUAAAUGGAUUUAUAGAUGGAGAAAUCCAAAAUGCAAUGGAGUUCUUCCACCAGGUUCAAUGGGAUUUCCUUUAAUUGGUGAAACACUUCAAUUGAUCCUUCCAAGUCACUCUUUGGACCUUCCUCCAUUCUUGAAAAAUAGAAUUCAAAAAUAUGGACAAAUGUUUAAAACAAAUAUAGCAGGAAGGCCAGUGAUCAUAAGUGCAGAUCCAGAAUUCAACAAUUUUAUUCUUAAGCAAGAUGGGAAAUUAGUGGAUACAUGGUCAUUAGACACUUUUGCAGAAGUAUUUGAACAAAAUACUCAUUCUUCAAGAAAAUAUACAAGACAUUUGACAUUGAAUCAUUUUGGUGUUGAGGCAUUAAAGGAAAAGUUACUUCCUCAAAUGGAAAACUAUAUUAAUUUGAUUCUUGAAAAGUGGUCAGGUCAUGAAUCUCUUGAAGUAAAAAGUGCAGCCAUUAAAAUGACAGUUGAUUUUGCUGCAAAGCAAAUAUUCAGUGGUGAUUUAGAGAAUGCACCAUAUAAUAUAAGUGACAUGUUCAGAGACUUAGUAGAAGGCUUAAUGUCUUUCCCAAUUAAUCUUCCUGGAACUGCUCAUCACAAAUGUUUGCAGAUACAUAAGAAAGUACGCGAAACAAUGAGGGACAUACUGAAAAAAAGGCUCGAUUCAUCAACAAAAAAUCGCGAUAAUAGAGAGGAAGACCUAGUCGAUCAUCUUCUGAGAGACAUGGAUUCUCAGAAAUUUUUAACAGAAGAUUACAUUGUUCAAAUGAUGUUUGGUUUGUUAUUUGUUACCUCUGAUUCAAUUUCAACAACAUUGGCUUUGUCUUUCAAGUUGCUUGUUGAACAUCCUGAUGUUCUAGAAGAAUUAAUAACUGAGCAUGAGACAAUUUUGAAGAAUAAAGAAAAUUUGGAUGCCCCUCUUAGUUGGAAUGACUAUAAAUCUAUGACCUUUACACUUCAGGUUAUCAAUGAAGUCCUUAGGCUUGGAAAUAUUGCACCUGGAUUAUUUCGUCGAGCAUUAAAGGAUAUUCCAGUUAACGGAUAUACAAUUCCAGCAGGAUGGGUAAUUAUGAUUGCAACUGCAGCUCUUCAUUUAAAUUCAAAUCAAUUUGAGAAUCCUCUUUCAUUUAAUCCAUGGAGAUGGAAGGAUAUUCAAUCAAGUUGUGGAGCUAAAAAUUUCAUGCCAUUUGGAUCUGGGAUGAAGCAAUGUGCUGGUGCAGAAUAUAGUAGGGUUUUUUUGGCCACCUUCCUACAUGUUUUAGUCACUAAAUAUAGGUAA